AUGAGAAAGGGAUCAUCGUCUAAGCCAAACACCACCCAUGUUGAUUUAGUAUCUGAUAAUGAAGAGAAGAAUGGAGUCUCUGAUGAAGAGAAAUCUGAGAAAAGUGAGGAAGAAGUCUCAGGAAAAGGUAAAGGAGUUGCAGAAGAAGAAGCAAGCUCUGAGAAGACUAAAGAAACUCUCCUUCAGAUGGCUAAAGCUGCAAAGAUAGUUUAUCAAAGAAGGAAGCAGAUUGCAAAGGAAACACUGCCUUUGUCUGAAGAGAAAACCUCAUCUGAAGAUGAACAAGAAGCAGAAACAGAGGAAGAGGAAUUCGUUCCUAGAAAAAGAGGGAAAGGCAAAGACGUUGCCAUUCUUGCCUCUACUCUAAAGGUUCAAAGUGCGGAAAAGAUGGCCAACAGACCCAUCACCAGAGCUAAGGCUCAGAAAGGACAUUGA